UUUGAUUUGCGGCCUGAAAUUGGCGGAUUGUGUGUUUUGAAUAGUUGCCGUAUCUUUCGCAAAUCAUCUUGCAGGCAAAGGAGGCAGCGAAGAAGAAGACGAAAAGAAGAAACGGAUACGGAAGGUGCGACGAGCACCUUUGCUUUGUUUGGUUGGAGGACACGAAGGAAGAGCAGAGCCAAGAAGAGCGGCCCAGCGACGGGAUUCGCAGCAACACGGACCAGCACAGCCUUAGCUGAACGAAAGGCGGGGGAGGAAGGAAGGAAAGAAGGAAGGAAGGAAGGAGGAUAACUACAACCAAUCAUGGCGGCUCAACGCAACAAGUUGGGCAGCCUGAUUGCAGAUACCCGAUCUGCACUCGCAGCAGAUGCACUCAUGGACUCGCUUGUGGCGCUUGGAUUGGAGUGCAAGGCUGCGCACCUGCGGCGCCUGAAGAACGUUGAGCGGUUCUCCCAGCGAUAUGAGGACGCGAUUGGGCAGAUCAAGGACCUGCGCCCGAAGCGGUCCGACUUUGAGAUGCUGAAGGUGAUCGGGCGCGGCGCAUAUGGCGAGGUGCAGCUCGUGCGACACAAGGAGACCCACGAACUCUUCGCCCUCAAGACCCUCAGCAAAUGCGAAAUGCUGAAGAAGACGGAUUCUGCGUUUUACUGGGAGGAGCGGGACAUCAUGUCGCACUCCAACAGCCCCUGGAUUGUGCAGCUCCACUUUGCGUUCCAGGACGACAACCACCUCUACAUGGCCAUGGACUACAUGGCGGGAGGCGAUCUUGUCACGUUGCAAGAGAAGAUGGACUUCCCCGAACACUGGGCCAAGUUCUACACUGCCGAGCUCGUGCUGGCGCUGGAGGACCUGCACGGUAUGGGGUAUGUACACCGCGAUGUCAAACCAGACAACGUGCUCCUCGACGCUCGCGGCCACCUCAAGCUGGCGGAUUUCGGGACAUGUGUGCGCGUGGACGAUGAUGCGAUGGUGAACAACCCUGGCGCCGCUGUCGGCACUCCAGACUACAUCUCCCCAGAGAAAUCGUCGCAAAAACCAGACGUGUUUACGGAGGACCGCUCCUUCUCCGGAAAUCAGCUCCCCUUCAUCGGCUUCACCUUCCACAGGGAAGGACUUGGCCUCGCUGGUCCAGAGACGCAAAGCGCCGGUGCAUUCAUGCUCACGUCAGACCAAGAGGACGUUGGUGUCGCCUCUCUCAAGGCGGCGAACGAUCGCCUGCAGGAGACGGUGGGGCGGUUGAAGCAAGAGGUGCAGUCGCUCACACAGCAGAACAAAGCCGAGACAGCAGCCAAAGCACAGGCGCUCAAGGAGGUCGCAAACCUGAAGGAAACCAUCGCGGCAAACGCGACAAAAAUGACGAGUGAGGUGGAGAAGAAAUACGCCGUUGCCCAGCUCGAAAUGGAGGAGCUCAACGCAAAACUCGCAAAGGCUGAGGAAGCGCGUGCGCGUGUGCAGACGGCGAUGGAGGAGACGAAAGAAACGCUGGCGGAGACGAAGGAAGAGAACAGCACUCUCUCCGCGCGCAUUGCUCGCCUCCAAGCCGACUUGACUGCAGCAAACGAGCAGAAGAAUGCGCUGCUUUCCCAAAUUGGAAAGAGUCCACGGAGGAGCGAAAGCAUUGCGGUGGAUUCCGAUUCCGCUGCUUUGGAGCAGAAGCUCAAGGCCGCAAACAGAGCGAGACAAACACUCAAGUCCCAGAUUGAGGAGUUGGAGAUGCAGUUGUCGACGGCAGAACGAAACGCGCGACGCGAGAAGAAGAAGUCCGCACAGCUGCAGGAUGAGGUUGAGGAGCUGCGCGGGGAUUUGGCGGCGGCGAAGAGCGAGACGGCGGCGGCGGUGGCGAAACAGCGCGAACUCGAGCACCAACAAGACAUCAUCGCAGACGCAGCGCAGCAGAAAGAUUCGCAGCUGCGCGAAUUGAGGAAGAAGUGCGCGCAAUACGAAGUGGACGUGCAGGAGCUUCGGUCGACAAUCGACAAGGAGGUUGCGCUCAGAGCAAAGCUUUCAUCCGUGGAAUCAGCGCCGCCUGUGUCUCCGCCCAGUGACGACAAGACGGCCAAACAGCUGGAGAAAAUCAAGUCAGACUUGAAAACGUCGCGCGCUUCAGAGGCAACGCUUCUCACACAGGUGGAGGAGCUUGAGGAUGAGGUGGUGCGGCUGCGCGGCGCCAACACCAAACUCGCUGCCAGCGCCCGUCUACUCGAGGACCAGCUCGCUGAUAUCGACAGCACGAGCUUGCGUGCGCUGGAGUCGCAGGUGUCUUCGCUUAAGUCGGACAAUGAAGCGUUGACAAGUGACGUGGACGAUCUGAAGGAGACGCUACAGCAGCGCGAGAAAUCGCUCGCAGCAGCAAAGCAACAGCUCCAUACUGCCCAGGAAACGAUUGCCAACCUUGAGGCUGAAGUCGCGCGCGUACAGUCGACGCAAUUUUCUUUUGAGGACUACGAAGCGGAGAAGACGUCCGCUGCCGCCCAAUUGGACACAUACAAAACAGAGAACGCAGAACUGCAUGAGCAGGUGUCGUCGUUGACGGCGAAGAAGGAGACGCUUGAGGCGAAGAUUUCGUCGCUUGAAGAGGGCGCAGCGGCAGCGGCAGCAGCACUGGACGACGCAAACGCAAGGGCGGAUGCGCUCGAGUCGUGGAAGAAGCGGCAGGCGGUGGAGGCCGAGCACGAGCGCACAGCGGCAACGCAGGAGACAGCGCGGUUGCAGACGAAGGUGGACGAGCUGUCCAGGCAGCUGGACGCAUCCACUACGUCCCAAGAGAAACAACGGGAGCUGUUGCGGACGCGCAUCACCGAAUUGGAGGAGAAGAACGACGAAUUGGAGCACAAGUUGGAGCAGGCGACGGCAGCCAUCACCGCGCAGACCACCAAGAUCACCCAGCUCAACAACAAGGUGAAAGAGGUUGAGAACGUGAAGGAGAUUGCGCUGAAGCAGCGGGAGCAGGCGCUCAAAGGACUCGAACUCCUGAACACGGGCGGCCACGUCGCAGGGGCAUCACGUGACUCUGAGCGACUGCUGCAUAAGCAGCUCAGCAAACAGCGGAAACUUGCACGCAGCGCCCAGGCAGAGGUGGAGAAGUUGAAGGCGCAGCUCAAGGCCAGCGAGAGCGACCACCGCAAGCGCCUCGUAUCCGUGAUGGAGGACCACGGCAAGUUGAUCCGGGGGCUGCAGCAGCAGUUCCAGGAGGAUCAGGACAACAAGUCCGCCACCAUCGAGGAGCUCCAGGCAAAAUGCGCUGCAAAGGACACGUCGCUGCGGGCGCUGCAGGCUGCGGUGGACGAGAUGAAGCAGGACGAGGGCGUAAAGCGGUUUGGAUCCCAGCGCCUCAAGCGCACACUCUCCGGACUUGUCAUCCACAACGAGGGGUGGGUGUGUAUGCCCGGUGAUCGCGGCAUCAAGAAGUCUGGCUGGCGGCCGCUGUUUGCUGUCCUCGACAUUGAAGGCCUCAAACUGUACCAGGACAACGAGCAGAGCACCCGCAGCGGUGACCCCACGCUGCUGAUUGGUCUGGCGCAGCUCGUCGGUGUGGAGCCCGCACAGCGCUCGGAGCUCAUCCACGCAAACCCGGCAGACGUACCGCUCGUGUUCAAGGUGCGUGCUGCGCGGCUUGAGGGCCAGCAGGGCAUUGGCAGCGACGACACAAAGAAGAAAGGAUUCGUCAUCCCGCGCUCAAUGUCGUUUGCCCUUCCAACCAGACAGAAGAGUGAUGGCCAUGAGUCGAAGAAAGGCGGUUUUUGGAAGGGCCGCGCGAAGAACAGCAGCACGUCGUCGUCGUCAUCGGGUGGCGGUGACGGCGCUUACAGGGAAUACUUCUUCAAGGCCGAAUCUCUCGGCGAACAAAGGGCUUGGGUGUCUCGAAUCACGGUUGCGAUUGACAAGAAGGGAGAGCUGUUCCAUGCAGGCAAAAAGUCGCCGACGACAGACAAAGCGUCACACUUGAAUGUGCCCGGCGAUGGCGACGCUGGUAACCGCUCCUCAUCCUCCCCAAACCUCGUCAGAAAACCGUCCUCGGUAUCAACGGCCUCAACGACUAGCAGAACGAGUCGCCUUUCUACAACCAUCAACAAAGACAACGAACUAUGUCAACAGAACACGAACGUGCUGGAGGCGACACAGCAAAAAGAGGCAGGGACUGGCCUUGCUGCAUUGCUGGAAACCAUUCCACACACAUCUUCCUGGCUUGUCAACCAGAUUCUUCGGCUGUUCAGCAAGCAGGCCGUGGUUGAUGAAGCAAGGCUGGAGUUUGAGGAUAGAAACGCACAUGACUGGCAGAUUGCACUGUCACCACCCGGGUCCAGACAACAACAACGGCAGCAGCAGCGCCUGGCAAUUGCUUCUCGUGAAGCGCUGGAAGUCUUUGACGUGGAUGGAGCGCACCUGCAUCUCCGCGCACACACGAAGCUGCCACGGGAUAAUGACUGCCCGCAACGCCUCCUGCGCUGGGAUGAGGAUGGCACGGCACUCAGCAUGUGCAUGUCCAACGGCCUUCUGCUCAUCUUUGCCGCGGAAGACCUUUCCGUAAUCGCCCGCAUUGACCUCUUGGCAGGCACAACAGAUGUGCCAGUCCCAUAUCGCAAACACGAUGCAAAGGAAUCACCUCAAGUCGCCGACAUCAUCCUGCUGCCCCACAGCAGCAGCAACAGCAGCAGCAGCAGCAACAACGCUGCAACACUACGCGCCCCACACAUCUGUGCACUGUUGACCAACGGCGAUGUGUUCAUCCGCGAUCCGUCAUCGACACCGCCAGCUGAGGAGGAUGAAGCAGCAAGCCACCGUGAACAGCACCACCAACAGCAGCGCGUGUCGUGUGGCUCGCACCUGUCGACGGUAUCCGCGCUCGUGUACAUGAGGGCAUCAAACAGCGUCGUUGUUGUUGGGCGAUCGCCACCCGGACACCUCGCAAUUGCAGGCUACCGUAUCGCCGUUGGCAGCGGUGGAGGCGGACGGCAGGACGUGCUGUCCUUGCAGCCCGUGGACUCGCUCGCAGGGAAGGUGAUAUUGCCUGCAGGCAACGAUGUGCACGGCACGGCAUGUGUUGGCCUGGACGUGAGUGCGGAUGGCAACCGUGUGGCAAUAGUGCUACUCAACGGCACCGUGGUCAUUGCGCGCAUGCCCGCCUUUGCUGUGGAGUGCACUGUACCAUGGACGCAGCUGAAGCGCGUGCAGUUGCACAAGGCCGCGCACGUGCUGCCAGAAUGCCGUGACGCAGCGCUACUGGACAGGCUGUCCGGCAUUCGCUGGUGGGGCGACGACCGCGUUCUAAUUGCAUUUGCAAAUGGCGAAAUUGCCCUCAUUGACAUUCCCACCACCACGGACACCAACAGCAGCGCAGAUGCCCGUGCACGUGUGAACCGGUUGACGCAACGCAUUCCGCUCUUUGGGCGAGCACCACUGCUCACGCGCACAGGCCGGCACCGCGAAGGCAGCGGCGAUGGUGAUAGUGAUGGCGAUGGUGGUGAUGGUGAUUUUGGUGAUGGGGAUGGGGAUGUGACGUUUGGGUGGGUGUUGCAGGAGCAGAAAUCCAAGGUUGCAGACAACAGCGACGACACCCGCACUGCCGCCAGUCAACCACCACCACCACCACAUCAACAACAACAGCAGCAACAGCAGCAGCAGCAGCAGCAGCAGCAGCAGCAACAGCAACAUGACAGUGGCGUCAUGCGGUCGCUCACACAGCUGCUGUCUGCUCUGCUUGGGUUUGCCGUCCCACCGACAUACACCACAACGUCCACCUAUCGCCUCACACACGUGCGCGAGUUGUCACCACCGGCGCUGCUGCAAGAACUGAUUGCGCUCGGGGAUUUCGGCGCAGCUCGCGAGCUUGCCGUGCAGCACGCACUGGACACGGACACGGUGUACAGGGCCAUGUGGCAGGCGGAGGGGCCCAGCAAGUACAACGUGCGCGACUAUCUCGCUCGCAUGCGCGAUCGCAUGUGGGUCCUGCGUGAGAUGACGUCAUACCGCGUGCGUGACAUGGACACGGCCAUGGAGAUGUGCGAGCUUGGACUCAAGCUGACGGCGUUUGGUGCCGUGUUUCCAAAUGUUUCCGGUCCAAGCGACGUUGAUACGCAGGCGCUGUGUGGCGAGGAGCGGCUGCUGCUGCUGAUGCGCCGCGAACUCUUGAAUCGCUACGAUCGAUUGCGAAUGUAUCGCUAUGUGCUGGACGUCGAGUCCUCCUUGUCUUUUGACGAGGAGGACUACGCACUGUUUGAAUCGGACCACCUGUCCACCCAGGCAGCGCUGCUUGCUUGCGACGGACACGUGCAGGCACUGCGCGGACUCUUCAUCCGCCACAUGCACCACCUCAGGCCCGCCACCUUCGCAAUCCUGGCCCUCCUCCCACCAACCAUGGAUCCACAGCAGUGGCUGUCGCUGCUGCCGACGUGCCGCAGCGGUGGCGAUGACGGGCUGGUGAUGAUGGAGGACAAGCCGUGGCGAGACGAACCAGACUGGUGCGAGGUCGUGACAGCCGACACCAACACCAGCAGCAGCGAACACCGUGACAAUGAUGCCAAUGCCAGCGAUAGCAACAGUGACGGCGGCGACACAGCUGUGCCAACGGCGGCAGAUUUGCUGCUGGAGACAAGCGCCGUUGCAAACACACGUGCGCUGCAUGCGCUGUCGGUGGUGCUGGCGGAGGAGGGGUGCGACGUUCCGCUUGAAGCCACCGCUGCUGCCGGCUCGCAGCUCAUUGCAUACCGGGCACGCCAGCUGUGUGCAGUGGGGGAGACGGGGCGAGCAACCCAGCUGAUUGGCGCGGCAAUGGCGAGAGAGUUUCCGCACUUGGACACGCUCAUGGCCAACGUGCAGACACUGGAGACUCUCGUCCGCGACUGCCACUACACCGUUGAACGUGAUGGUGCUGAUGGUGGUGCUGAUGGUGCUGAUGAUGGUGGUGGUGGUGAUGAGUAUGGAUUGACGCUGGACGAUGUGGAAGCGAUGCAACCGGUGGAUGUGUUGCGGGCAAUGACGGAUAUCUCUGGCGCUCGCGAACACACACACGCGCUGUCCGCGUCAACGGCAGCGGCAGUGCGGCGGAUGAGCAGCGAAGCAGAGAAGGACGCAGCCGUGUUUGCCGAUCGCUGCAAGUUUGUUGUCAUCCCGUACCUCCGGCGCUCCCACCACAGCACCGCCGGCGGCGGUCAUGGCGAUGGUUCCAAUGGUCAUGGAGAUGGUGGCGAUGAUGGUGUGUUGCCUGAGGACGGGGUGGCUGCGGUGGAAACGGUGCUGUGCGAACUGGCAGCAACACAUCCGCAUCGCAUCACCGCGCUCGUGUCAUCGGGUGGCGACGACAACAGCGCCGACGACAUGAAGCCAGCCGCAUCAUUGGCGUUGUCAUCCACACCGAUGCUUCAGCUCAUGGUUCCCUCCGCUGCACAGCGCACACGCGUCAUCAAGGCCCUCAUCCACGCCCUGACCAGCAAGCCAGGGUCCGAUGUGCUGUGCGAGCAGCUGCUGUCAGCACUGGAGGGCGUGGAUUCCACGGCAGCGGACGCGGCGUCGCCGGCGUGUCUCUGCUUCAUGGCCGUGUUCAAGCACCAGCCAACCAGCAUGCAUGCGCUGCACACCCUACACAGGGCAGCAACGCAGCACAUGCACGGUGACUCUGAUGGCAGCGAGAAGCAAGGUGGUGUGGAGGAACGACGUGGCGUGGUUGAUGAAGAUGACGAUGACGAUGAGGUUGGUGACCCAUGGACUGACGACGACGACAACGACGAUGAUGAUAACGGCGAUGACGAUGGUGACAAUGGUGGCAGGGGCCGGCAGGGAGAUGGGAGCGAUACAGUUGAGGCCAGCGCGCCCGCCCAAACACCCCAGACCAAACGACAACAACAACAACAACAACAGCAGCAGCAACAACAACAACAACAACAGCAGCAGCAGCAGCAGCAGCAGCAGGAACGGCAGGUGGCGGCUGCGCGUGAGGCGUGUGAGCAGUUUGUGUCGCGGCUGCUUCGAGUUGGGGCAAAGCGCGCUCACACGUCGGAGGCGUGGCGACUGCUGUUGGAGGACGUGUUUGUGGUUCAGCGCUACCUGCACGCGGGUGUGAGCGUGCAGUUUGCGCUGCGCGAGUACAUGUGCGUGUGUUUGACUGCAGAAGACGAUGCCGCCCUUGCUGCCGUCAUGCCGUUCUUCAAACUCACGCAACACCAGCAGCGAAACGUGGGCGACUCAGGUCCUAGUGACGCCACAAUGGGCAAGGAACAGGGAACAGCAGCAACAUCAUCAUCGACAGCAACAGCAGCAUCAAUGGGGUCAUCAUCAUCAUCGUCGUUUCGUGCGCGGAUGAGUGCGCUGGGCGAGGCGUCUUCGGGUCGCGUUGCCGGCGCACUGCGCCAACUCCUCACGCCGUCCCGCCACUUUAUGCGGCGCCGUGUCCUCGGUGACGGUGAUGGUGACGGUGAUGGCGGUGGUAGCGAUGGCAGUGGUGAUGGUAGUGGUGAUAGUGGCAGUGAUUGGGUGUCGCCGCUUGUGAAUGAGCUGACACUGAGCGACGUGAUGCAAGCGAGCCUGUCUGCCGUGCGGGAGCUGGUCAACAGUGCCGUUGAUGUCGACACCGACAUGCACACGCCAGCCAUGGGAUCGUCAUCGUCAUCAGCAACAGCAGCAGCAGCAGCAGCAAUGCGAGCGAUGGGCACCGGUGUUCAUCCACUGGACAAAGCGCGACGCAUUCUCAAUCUGCUGCCGUCAGAUGAUGGUGAUGUUGUCGCUGAACGGAAAUUCCUGGACGCGUGCGCACUUCUCGCCUCCCUCAACGUCAAGAUGAGUCCGUUACAGCUUCGUCUGCUCUCUCCUCUCGCCGUCGCCACCAAAGUGCUUGACGCAGCUGCUGUGGAUUUGCACGAUUUCGACCCAAUUGCGCACCUGAUUGACCUUCGUUGCACAACAACAGACGAGGCGAAUGCUGUCAAGGCGCAAGUGCGCGAAGACAUGAUUGUGCGUUCACUGGAGGCUGAUGGCGUGAGCACGGCCAUCGCCCACCUCAUCCCGCUCAUCACCGCCUCGCAGCGACCAGAUGGCAGCAGCAGCGGCGGCGGUGGCGGUGGUGGUGGUGAUGUGGCGCGCGCGGCCAACACGGACACGCUGGUGACGUUGUGCUCGCAAGUUGUGCGCAUGGUGCUGGAUGGUGCUGCUGUGGAUGCAUCAGCUCGUGCACAUGUGGUCACGGCGGCUCUGUUCUGUGUUCAUCAUUGCGACGACGUCGCCAUAGGAGAACACCUUGCUGCUCUCAAGCACGUCUUACGCAUGGACACCACCAUCGCAGCUGCAGCCGCAGCCGCUGGAGGAGGAGGUGGUGGCGAUGACGCUGAUGAUGACGAUGACAGCGAUAGCGGUGACACGAUGGCUGCGUCGCAUCAAACGGAUGCGAGCGCCUCUCGCGUGUCUGUGUCGUCGGCGGGUGCGCUGUUGGGCAGCGUGACGCGCGCAGCGCAGUCGUCUGUGUCCACAUUCGCGGCCACAACGACAACGGCGAUGAUGGCCAUGGGCGCUGGCUUUGGCGUAGCUGUCACCGGUGAUGAUGAUGGCGGUGGUGGCGGUGCUGAACAGCUCGAUGGCCGCGAUCAGCGGUUGCUGCAGCGAGCACUGAACACAUGUACACAACUCACCGCCCCACAGCCACCCAUCUUUACGCGCACCGAUGGCGGUGACGAUGACAACGGGGGUGACGGCGGGGCAUCGCUCAGCGGCCGGAGAGGCGCUGCCCGCCACGAUGCUGAUACGUGGCUGCGUGCGAUUGUCACGCUGAAGACGCGUUUUGGUCACGAUCACGCGCUCAUCAAGACCUUUGUGGCACUACGAUGGGUCGCAGCAGCAGCAACAAGUGAGGAAUGCAUGGACACGCCAGGGGGACCACAAUCGUCAUCGUCAGCAUCAACACCAUUGGCUGACAUGCUCAAGACGUGUCGGUACGUCCCUGUCGGGGACCUGCUGGCGUUUGUGGCGAAAGAGGUGGACGCAUAUGCAGGGAUGAAUAAGGACAAUGACAGCAUCGGCAGUGAUUACGAGAAAGAGGCUGGUGACAAUGGUGACGAUGGCGCUGAUGGGGAUGGUGCUGUGGGGCGACGAGAGGAGAGGACAGCGUUGGCUGCAUUGUGGCAGUGGUGUGUGAAGGAGGAGCACAACGAGCGUGUUGCGCAACGACUGGUGCAUGUGGAGGACCACGUUGACCGCACGCGCUUCCUCAACGACGGCGCCUAUCGCGCAUCUUGCAUCAAGGGCAUGGGACGUCGUGCCCGAAACCCGGACCUGUUGAACCGUGCAAUCCUCCUCGCAGCUGAAUUUGACAUUCCACCAGCAACCGUCUACUCGGCACACCUUAAAGCGGUGCUGAACAACUCGUCUCCGCGUGUCUCCCAACUGCAAGCGUCCGUUGAGGACAUGACGGCCGCCCUCGUCGACGACAGCGUAGAUGCCGCCGCCCAGCUGCUUCGGUCCAUCUGGGAUCGCAGUUCCUACGCCGAUCUUGAAGGCGUCGAGACGUUCGCGCGCGUGUGUGCGGCGUUUGAAGCAGCAGCGCAACACAAGACGGGGCAACAGAUCACGGUGUUGCAGGAGCCCGCAUCCGUACAUGUUGAGGUGAUCAACGCCCUCAGGACCGCCCGCGUGAACAUUAGCGACUACAAACGCAUCGUCGCCACCCACACAUCCGCAGCCGAUGGUGAUAAGGAGGAGGAGGAGCCAGAACAACAACAACAGCAGCAGCAGCAGCAUUUUGUGCUGUCGCCACUGAUGAUGGCCAUCAAGCCUGCUGUGACGCGGGAUAACGUGGACAUGUUGGCAGAGCAACUCCCACGCGUGUGCACACUUACAAAGAUGCAGGUGCUGAUGCUGCUGGCCGUCCAAGAGGUGCAGUCGGCGCAACUGCCACACGUGCACUCAUCGGACCCCGUCCCGCGCUCGUUUGUGGACAUGUGGGAAUCAGCGAUUGCGUUUCUUGAUGGCGCAGCGCCAGCGGAGUUGGAACAGUUCCUGCGCGUGUGUGUGGAUGAGAACUGGCCGCGUGUCGUCAUUUCGUUUUGCUACAAAUCCGCCAUCAAACGAGCGCGCCAAACGGCCAACAGCGACAACGACGACGAUGCCCUGACCAUCGAGCGAAUGGUGGAGAGGAGGAAGAAGCUGACGGCGGAGCCAGCGAUGAGGUUGUCCCACCGCGUUGCACAGCUGGGCGACGACUAUGAGCAGAUGUUUCUCGAGUGCGGUGAUGAUGCGGAUUGUCUGUUUGCAUUCGCUGUUCGCGUCAUCGCAACCACCCGCGACUUCAAGAUUGCCGCUGCGGUGAUUGCGGGCGAUGAUGUGCGCGAUCUUGAGGCAGCGGUAUCGGACGCCGUUUGCGCUCUCAUCGCCACAUACGCACACACGCGCACGCCCGAGAUGAGCGCGUGUGUGCGCGCUGCGUUUGCUGCAGAACCGCUGGCGUGUGAGGCGACGGGUGCACUCAAAGCCGUCGUGGACACACUCGCAGCUGCAGCUGAUGCACAGAAGCACCAAGCACACGACGCCCACAACGCAAGUGACGAUGAUGAUGACGAUAGUGAUGACGAUGACGACGAGUGGAGUGUUCACCCGCAUGAUUUGCUGCGCGUUGCGCUUGGCGAAGUGCGUGCAUAUGUGCUGUCAUCGGAAGUGUCGAGUGAGGAGGUUGGAUUCAAGUUGCAGGCCACGAAGCUGCUGGCCGCCCACCAGCACCGCAUCGACACGUGGGAUGACGACGACGAUGACAGUGAUGGUGACAGCGAGGGCGAUGGCGAAGGGGAUGAUGAUGUCCUGAACCGCAUCGUCGGGAAACUCUCCGUCGCCAAACACUUGCACGAGGCGCUUGGCGUGGACGUGUCCAUGUGGCGUGGUGCAGACGCCGUGUCGCUGGUGCAGAUUGUGCUGGCUGAGGCCGGCAGCAGCACCGACCGCUUCCUGCUCGGCCCAGCGCUCCUCAACACCUGGCACCGCGCAUUUGUCGCCCCGCACAUCAGCCGUGAUGGUGAUGGUGAUGGUGAUGGUGAUGGUGAUGGGAAGCAGCGGUGGGCAGAGGGGAGCCUUGCUGCUGCGUGGGAGCUGCUGUGCAAGAUGGCGCUGGUCCAUGAUGCGGACGGCGACACGUUCCUGAUGCUGUGUGCGUUCAAGGCCAAGUUUGCACAUCACGAACUACCGCCAGCGACUGUCGAGCGCGCGCUGGGUAACCUCCGUGAUCAGCACCCGCUGCAGGCGACAGCAUGGCUGCUGGCAAAUCAGCGCGGUAAAGAGCACUGGGAGCAGCUGCGGCCGAGGGAGGACAGCCGUCGCAGCCGCAAAGUGCUGACGUUUAUUGCCUGCAGGCUCCACUUGCUGCCGCAGAUUGCUGGCACGUGGCUGUAUGUGCGCGUGCGCGAUACGAUUGUGGACGCCGUGCAGCAGAACGACGUUGUGCUGCUGCCAAACGUGGACGCUGCGGUGAAGGUGCACGAGGAAGGGCUGUGCAUGCAGCUGCGGGCUGCUGGCUUGGAGGAGGAGGCGGAGGACCUGCACAGGAGGUGUCACGAGACGGCGCAGACAUCGGCGUUUGCGGGCGUCAUGCGGAGUUUCUUCUCCUAGCCCUCCUUACGUGUGUGUGUGUUGUGUGUGUGUGUGUGUGUUUCUCUUAGUGACCGUGGCUGCGAAUCACGGAUCAAGUGUUUAUAUCAUGUCAGCGCAGGGGAGCACAAAAUAGAUGACAAGCGACAGUUCCUAAAGGUCAAAACAGA